AUGGUGAUACCAGUUUUGCGAAUGGAAUUUAAUCCAAACCUGGUUGGAUAUGCAUUGGGAGACACAUCGACCCAUAAUCCAGCGUCUCAAUUUAAUGUCGCUGAGAGUGGAUCGUUUUCGAGGGACAUGCCCUUUAUGGCUCGAAGCUUGAUCAAUCGAAUAGUGAAUGAUCCUCGUGUUGAUAUUAAUAAACAUUGGAAGUUAAUUACGCUUUUCAUCGGAGCUUUCGAUUUUUGUAAUGACAUAUGUUGGGAUGAUCCACCCAGGGUAUCUUUGGACCACCACAAGGCUGAUAUAAUUGAAACUCUCCGAAUCCUGAAGAAAAAUCUACCACGAACUUUAAUAGCGCUAGUACCUCCCCCACAUUUGAAAACACUUGUUGAAACGACGGGAAAAUCGAAAUUAUGUGCUUUGACGACGAAUUUCAAUUGUCCCUGUUUAUUAGGCUUAGCUUGGAGGUAUCGAAGGCAAGAAUUUUAUGAGACAAUGAGAAGGUGGCUGUCGAUUGAUGAAGAUAUUGGAACUUAUUCGGAAUUCCAAACUGAAGAAUUCGCCGUAGUUGUUCAGCCAUUCACUACUGAUAUCAAACUCCCACGAUUAGCGAAUGGAAUCUCGGAUUAUCGGUAUCUUUCGGCCGAUUGUUUUCACUUGAGUCCACUUGGAAAUGCAAGGACUGCCUUUUCCCUUUGGAGGAAUCUAAUCGAACCGGUAGGACGUAAGACACGGUCUUGGGACGAGCCGGUCUAUGACGUUGGACAUUUUCCGUGCCCUACGAUGGAAAGGCCGUAUAAUGGCACUUUGUACAACAGCUAUAAUAGUUGGAAAAAUUCUUCACAUUGUACGUUAAGCAACAACUGUUGAUUGGAUUUUCAAAUUAAUGCUAUG